CAGGAAGAUGGAAGCUUUUCAGACGGUAAAAACCAUAGAUCUCUUUGAAUGAUUGCGCAUAUCUUCAAACUCAUGACUCCGCCUCCUAGCACUAUGGUGGCAGUUGUAUAAAAGUAAGGAAAACAGUUAGCACAAAUCUACAGAUCUCUGUCACAUACAAUAUACAGAGCACUGCCAAGAAACAGAGUCUUACCACACGUCAAUGUGCUUAUUGUGGCUUAGGAGCAAAAUGAGAAGUCGUGGAUGUGGAAGCCAACACGGAUGCCCGCAAGGAGCCAACUUAGAGACACUAUCGGAACAUCCUACGGUUAAGGUGCAUAGCCCAAAGUACCCCGAUCUGACCGCCAGCGCUGAGACUUUUCAGUAUGGAGAGUCCCGAGCACGGCCUUCGAUCCACGAAGAAGGAGAGUCGACCAGCAACGACCGUGGGGCGAACACCAUAAUGUCUCCAAUACUUGUGCAGCAGCUUCAAGCAGACCUGGCAGGGGAGCGAAAUCGGAUAUCUCAGCUAGAGCAAGAGCUGGCCACAAGCAAAGUCCGCGAAGCAGAUGUGCGAAAGGUCUGGAGAAGAGCAGCCAAUGAACUCGACAGAAUCCGCGUGCAAAAACAAAGCUUUCCCGUAAUUACGGACGAUUAUCUCAUCGAAAAGGAAACGACACCUGGAAGCGAUUGUUACAAAUGGCUCUUAAGACGUCAAGACAGCUGCAGCAAAGUCGCGCAGGCAGUUAUCUGGCGAGUUCUGGUUGGAGAGAUAUUCAACCAGUUUCAAUGGGCAGGAAAUGCUGCGGAACAGAUGCGGGACAUGUGCAAGGUCUUGAAACCAAAACCGUCUAUGUCAGAUAUCGAUGCCACCUCUCACUACGAGCAACACCGCAAAUUUCAGAUGUGGAGUGCAAAUACAGCUGGGCUGCUCUUCGAGACACUGGACCUAGAGAAGGAUGCCGGAGCACAAAGCCAGAUCGACAACCAUAACGAUAUGUUGGCAGAGGAACUCCUGGAGACCAUUGGGCUGUUGAUGAAGGGAGAAAGAGAGCAAUUCAAACUGUCGCUUUUCGAAAUCCUUGACAUCGCGAUCUCCUUAGACAAAGAGCUUAGCAGACAAUCUGCUCAAGUGGUUUGGACGUUCAAAGAGGUCCCUCUCGAUCCAUCACUGAUGGACUUGGAUGAAAGAAAAAUUUCUAGUGAAAACCUUGACCUUGAAUUGAUUGUUCAACCUGGGUUGAAGAAGAGAGAGAUAUGGCAUCAGUGCAUUCUGGCGGCUUAG